UAGAAAAAAAUUUAAACUUUGAUCACAAAAGUUUAUGUGAAACUUUUAACAGUUUUAGUAAUUUAUACUCGUUUUGAAAAAUUCAAAAUACAACAUGUACAAAAAAAUCUAAAAUUUAUUAUAUGGUUAAUGUAAUUGUGUGAUUUAUUUUAAUAAAAAUAAUUAAACAAAAAUAAUAGAAAGUAUACAAAUUGUUAGCAGAGCUUUAUUAUUUAAAAUCAUUAAUUGUAAUAUAUAUCUUAAUCGUAAUUCCGUAGGUUUUAUUGAAGGAAAAAAUAUAUAAUAAUUUAAUUUGAUAUAUGAAUGGUGUAUAAUGGUCAUACUAUCUAGGUAUAUAAUAUAACAUUCUCUAGUAAUUUAGUUUUGGGCUUAUGUACUGUAAAGACAUGAAUCAAAGGCUUAUGAGACAGAGCGUGACCAGAGUCCUCCGUGUCCUUAAGGUUGCGGAGCUUCUUGGCUUCGGUUCUUGUGUUCAGUCUUGUUUGGAUUAUUUAGAAGCUGUGCCUUGGGUUGGUGAAGAGGAAGAGGAGAAAGUGAUCUCGUCGAUACUUAGGUUGAAGACAGAAGGUGUUAGUGUUGUGACUACUCCUGUCCUCAAAAGAGUUGCUUCCUCUUCUGUGGAUCCGCCUAAAGAGACGCUCUCACGCAUCAUCGAGCUUGUGUUAAGAAGCAAGGAGAAGAGCCGUCGCGAGAUGAAGUCUAUAGUCCUGAAGCUUCUCAGGGAACAGAACGGGAACAAUGUAGCUGAGAAUUUCAACGAGACGAUCUACUCCUCUUGCCAGAGAUGUUUAGACAUGGUCUUGUCUCUGUUCAGACAGGACGAGAGUGAUGCUAAACAGAUAGGUGUGGAAGCUGAUAACCUCACGUGGCUGCUUGAUGUGUUGGCGGAAAGACAAGCAGCAGAGGAGUUUUCAGUCACGUGGGCUAACCAAAAGGAGCUCGCUUUGUUACACGAGAAGGUUCCUUUGGUGUCUCGUUACCAUAUAAGCCGUGUGACGUCUAGGCUCUUCGUAGGGAUAGGGAGAGGGGAGCUGUUGCCUUCGAAAGACACUAGGCUUUUGCUGCUGACCACGUGGCUGCAGCCUUUGUUCAAGGACUAUAACUGGCUGCAGCACGGUUGCAGAUCGUUCGAUGGGAAGCUUGUGGAGGAAGGGAUAGGGAGGACGAUACUGACGUUGCCGCUGGAAGAUCAGCAGAGGAUUUUGAUGUCUUGGCUUGGGAGCUUCUUGAAUGGUGGAGAUGGUUGUCCGAAUCUGCAGAGAGCUUUUGAGGUUUGGUGGAGGAGAUCGUUUGUUAGACCUUACUCAGAUCGUCAGGGUAGUGGGGUGUCUCAGACGGAUUCGACUUCAAAAGAGUGAUGGUUUUGUGAAGGCUGAGUAAAGCUUUGUUAGAUUUGUACAGUGAAUAACGUUAGCUGUGGAAACUGGAAAGUGUUUGGUUUUGCUGAUCUUUGAUUUCCGGUUUGGUUGGUUUCUGGUUUUGGUUUGGUUUAUAUCGUACCAUGGAGAGAGGUAAUGGAUUGGCUUUAGUGGUUGAGUUUUCUUCUUUUUCUUGAUGUUUUUGUAUUUUUCCAUUUUUCAUGAAAGUAUAAUGUUACUGGAUGUAUAUUUCUGAUUACAGAAAAAUUAUAUAUGUCUGAUUCGAUUUCUAUACCAA